CUUUUUGACUCUGCUUUUUGUGAAUUCACUGUUGAGAAGCGCCGGAGAAGAUGAAGCUGAAGCAAUUAGAAGGCUUGUUGGGUGAUCUUGAACAGUUCUCCAAUCCUAAAGUGGAAUUCGAGCAAUACCCAACUGGUCCUCACAUUGCUUCUCGUAUGCUUUUCACUGCAGAGAAUUCAUAUGGAGAUAUAACUGAUAAGGUCGUUGCGGAUUUUGGUUGUGGCUGUGGUACUUUAAGUGCUGCUGCUGCUCUUCUAGAUGCUGCGUCUGUGAUUGGAUUCGAUAUCGACCCUGAAUCUCUUGAAACAGCAACACUAAAUGCAGAGGAACUUGAGGUCGAGAUAGAUUUCGUUCAGUGUGACAUCACAAAGCUAGAGUUAAAAGGCCUGAUUGUGGAUACGGUUGUAAUGAACCCUCCAUUUGGUACACGGAAGAAAGGAGCUGACAUGGAGUUUCUCUCUGCGGCAAUGAAGGUCGCCUCAAAGGCAGUUUAUUCCUUGCAUAAGACAUCUACCAGAGAACACAUUAAAAGGGCGGCUUUGCGUGAUUUCAAUGCGAAAAGUGCUGAAGUUAUAUGUGAGCUCCGAUAUGACUUGCCAAAACUCUACAAGUUCCACAAGCGAAAAGAAGUUGAUAUUGCCGUUGAUCUCUGGCGUUUUGAGCCUAGACAGAACUAGACCGCCACGAUCAUGUAAUGUUUAGCUUUGAGAUAAGAUUGAUUAUGUAUGGAAGGAUUCAUGGUAUGAACUCAAGUUUUACAAAUCAACCUCUUCUUCAUAGACAAAUUUACAGCUUUUCAUUGAAAAUAGGUGGCAGCUUGGCUACACUGUGCUCUAUCAAAACAUAUUGCAGAUGCGUAUAGACAUUUCAAGUCUGAGACCAGCACCAACCGGUUUAAGUCUUUGUUUCACCUGAGACAGUUGAGCUUAAUACAAAAUUGUAUCAUACAAUCCUAAGCAGUGAGACUUUAGUGAUCUCUCAGAUGAUCCAACCAUGUUGUACUUUCAAGACACUGAAAAGAGUUGUCACAAAAUUUCUAAAUAAGAAAAUAUGAACAAGUCCUAAAAUUUGGUAUUACAUACAUUGUGGAAAAA